CAACCAUCUCUGUCAAUCCAGGCAUCCUCUUCCAAGCCUCUGUCCCUCAUUUCCUUGUCCACUCCGCUUCUUCAGCUUCUUCUUGGUCUGCCGCGUCUUCUUCUUCCCCCUGGCCGCGUCUCCUUCUUCCCCCUGGCUUCUACUCAAUUAUUUGCUUGGGUGUGUGUUUUACGUCCAUAAUCUCCCUAAUUCUCAGAUUUGUUAUCCUUUCCAUUUUUGACCUGCCUGCCGAUCUCCUCCAAAAUUCCAUUUCAGUUGCUUCUAGCAUUUUUGCGGUUCUGAUCUUUAGUGGCCAGACUUCUGAACUAUACGUGACUAUGCUUUUGACUAUGGUGUUGUAUAUUCUCGUUUUGUUAGUUUUGUUGAUAUUUUGAUCCCACAGUACACCAUUCAGUAGGGACUAUUAUUACUAACGAAUCAAAAAUAGAUGUUUAUUCCAAAUUGUCAAUUAAACUAAUUGCAUCCUGAAGUCGUAAAUUAGUUUACCUAACUUUUUUAUCGCUUUUCAUCUAUGUAAAUAAAUCUACUUUUCAUUUAGCAAUCAAUAAUACACCAUCACAAUCACAAGGUGUAAAAAGAAACAUAUUUUAUGUUAUUACUCGUUGAUUGUUAAUUGAUAGUUCAACGUCAUCUAGGUACCUACAAAAAAUUUAAAGGUACCAUUAAUCGUUCCUCAAUGACAAGAAAUACAAAUAAAAAUUUACUGUUAAUUGACAUUUGCGGCGUAAGUAAGACAACCAACAACCUAUUUUUAUUCAAUUAAAGGGUCGACGUCCAAUACCUGACCGAUAUUCUAUAGUUCUAAAAUUGACUUUAGUUCCUUAUUUGUUUGUUAUCAAAAUAAUGCAUUUAGUAACGAUUUUGUUGUUUGCUAGCAUAAUUUUUUUGAUAAUAUUAGAAGCGUUUGUGCUUUUGUGGAAACAGAGGAAAAGGUAUUUUGCUGCGCAAAAAUUCGACGGACCAAAGGCUCUACCAAUUAUAGGAAAUGGCUUGCUGUUUAUGUGCCAUAAUGAUGAGAUUCUUAUGCGAAUGUAUAAUGUGAUCAAAGAUUAUCCAGAGGUACCAAUGAGGUUUUGGUUGGGACCAUUAUUGCUAAUCAUUUUACCCAAUCCGAUACACGUUGAGAAAAUUAUGCCUUCUAAUAAAUUUGCUCGUAAAUUUGAUUUACUGUACAGAUUUCCGAAAGUUUUCUUGAACGAAGGGCUGAUCACUGGUUCGGGCCCAAUAUAUAAAAAACACCGUAGGAUUAUCCAGCCAAUGUUCGAUUUGAAGUUUGCCAAAGAAUGUACAAGUUUCAUGCACAAACACGUCGAUUUAUGCAUGCAACGUUUGGAGCCUCACGUCGGUAAAGGAAACUUCGAUUUUUUCCACGCUAUCCAUCCUUGUAUGGCUGAUAUAAUAAAAGAAACCGUACUUGGGUCUAACGAAAGAACUCAAAUAAUUGGAACUAGCGACUUUGAUCAGGCAAUGUUAGAUGCAUACGAUUUUACCUUUACAAGAAUGGUCAAGUAUUGGCAACAAAUUGACUUUCUUUUCAAUAUGAGUCCAUUGAAAAAGCGACAAGACGAAUUGAAACGUAUCGUGACAACCAAGGCAAAGGAGAUGACAGACGCGGCAUUUGAAAGAAGAAAGUCAUCAUCUUUGACUCAAGAAUUUUAUCCUAUCAUUGACAGAAUGGCAGAUUAUACUUUGGAGCAUCCGGGAGUUUUGGAUGAGACUUUCAUCGAUCACGUUUUGACAUUGUAUACGGCAUCUGAAGACACUUUAACAAUAGCUUCAUCUUUUUUGGCAAUGUGCAUAGGAAUGUAUCCUGAAUGUCAAGAAAAGGCUGCACAAGAAAUCAGAACAAUUUUUGGAGAAACUCCUCGAGAAGUAACAACAGAAGACAUACCAAAAUUAUGUUACAUUGAUAUGUGCAUAAAAGAAGUUUUAAGAUUAUUCCCAAUAGCACCGAUAAUCCUCCGACAAUGCACCGAAGAUUUUGAAUUGGACCACUGGACAAUCCCUAAAGGUUGCGCCCUAGUGAUACCGAUUUUCAACUUACAAAGAGACCCGAGAUACUGGGAAAAGCCGCACGAAUUUUAUCCGGAACAUUUUUUGCCAGAGGCCGUGGCUAAACGACACGUUUAUACUUACAUACCUUUCAGUGCGGGUCCGAGAGGGUGCAUAGGGAAAAUUCUGGCCAAUACAGGAUUGAAAGUUUUCGUUUGUAACCUGUUGCAACAUUACGAAAUCGAAUGUGACGGCGAUGUUCCUAGUUUGAGGAUAAGAAUGGAUAUUUCGACGAGGCCUAUUGACGGGUCGUAUUUGAGAUUGAAAAAGAGGGUUUGGAAGUAGGAUUAUAUUUUUUUUCUGAUUUUAAUUUAUUGUAUAGGUAAUGGUUUGUGAUAUAAUAAAAAUUGAUGGUGUUUUUUAAUUAGAAACUUCGUAAUGAUUUGAAGAUCUCCAUUUUUAU